ACAAGAGAAAAAUGUAAAUAUUGUAUGCAGAAUUUAUAAAUAUUCAAAACGUACCUCGUAAUUGAUGUAUUGUUUUCUCCAUUCCGGCGUGAUGUGAGCGCUUAGGUGUUCCGCGAAUUUCAUAGUGAGGAAAAAAAAAUAGGAGAGGAAGAAUAAGACGUCGUGUCAGUGGUUACACGACGGUCCUGCGUAAACGCAGCACUUGAGUUGACAUACGCGCGUAUAAGAUCGUGUGGCGAAUUAUUUUUACAGCCUCAGAUUCGCCGGACAACGCAUGUUUUGCAGGUAUUCAAGUACUUUGACGAGAAAUAUGCUGAGGAACAAACUGUUGACUGUUAAAUUGUAAUUCUUUACCGUAAGCAUGGUAAAAUUAAUUGUACCAAGAGUGUAUUGUACAAGCUUCAUAAGGUUCACAGCCUUACGAUGUUUUUCAACAAAGGCAAAAGUUGUACUUGAUGAUACAGUAUCUACUUUAAUCUCUAAUGAUGAAAUAAAAUACAGACAUCAUCCAGGUGUUGUGAUUCCUAGAACACCAAUUUUUCCAGUAUGGGCGUGCAAAGAAAUACAAAAUAUUUUGAAAGAAAAACAAAUAGUUUUGAAAGAAAUUAACGAGAGUGCAAAAAAAUUAAUCAAUCAUUUGAAUAAUCGUCAUCCACCAUUAGAACAACAUGAAAUACCAGAAAAAUUACAGAAAGUAGAAGAACGUUUGAAUAUGAAUAAUUAUGGUGAAAGGAUAUCAAUAGAGGAUAUAGAUUUUCGAAAAGAUGCAAAGUCCAGAUUGCUUUUAAAACAACAUGUUUACAAUUGGCAACCAAUAAACUUUGAUAAACUCACUUGCCUGACAUACCUGGUCGCCAGAAGCGUUCAGAAUUAUGCAGUUACGCGAAAGAUUUUUAAUGAAAUUAAGUUGCGUGACAAGAAUUUCAGGCCCAAGACAUUGUUUGAUUUUGGUUCUGGUGUUGGCACAGUCAUGUGGGCAGCAUCUGAGAUCUGGUCGAGAACGUUAACAGAAUACUUUUGUGUUGACACAUCGGAAUUUAUGAUUGAAUUGUCAGAAAGAUUAGCAAAAGCUGCUCAACCAAAGAUCAAAGAAUCUUUCUAUCGUCAAUAUUUUCCUAUCUCGAAUCGAACUUACGAUAUCGUAGUGAGCGCAUAUUCUUUGUUAGAGUUGCCAGGUAUGGAAUCACGUAUCGACACAUUAUUAAAGCUUUGGAUGAAGACUGAAAACUAUCUGAUUAUUGUGGAAGAAGGAACCAAUGCAGGUUUUAAACUAGUAAAUGAAGCACGACAGUUUAUUCUCAAAUAUGCGAACUCGAAACGUAGACGUGAAGUAGAAUUUACCCAUGUUUUCUCACCUUGUCCACAUGAUUUGAAGUGUCCAAGAUUUUCCACUGAUGAUACUCCGUGCAACUUUAGCGUUCUAUAUCAUCCAUUGCAAUUUUUGGGUGGUCGGGAACAUAAAUCAGAACUAUAUUCCUACGUCGUGUUAAAGAAAAGCAAGCGUCCUGAGAACGACGAGCAAUGGCCAAGGAUUGUGCGAACUGUACUAAGACGUUCUAAUCACACAAUUUGUCGCAUGUGCACCGGCAGCGGAGAAUUGAAGGAAGAGAUAUUUACAAAAUACAAGAAUGGAAAGCAUAUGUACCGUUGUGCGAGAGAGAGCAAAUGGGGCGAUAGAUUACCUCUACAUUUUGAACAACAGCAAGACGGUCUAGAAACUGAAACUGUUUGUGAAACGGUUACUAAAAAUGAAAAUACAUAGAAUGAAGAAAUAAAAUUCCAUUAAAUGUUUUAA